GGGCCUCUUCACUCGGUGCGGUGCGGACACCACAAAUAAACACCAUAUAUCCAGCUCGAUCGAUCGACGAUAAACAACAACACAUGGCGAAGCAGCAGCAGCAGGCGAUGGCGCUGCUGAUGAUGCUGGUGCUGGCUGCGGAGACGGCGUCGGCGGCUUCGUGCAACGCGGGGCAGCUGACGGUGUGCGCGUCGGCGAUGUUGUCCGGGGCGGCGCCCUCGGCGGCGUGCUGCUCCAACCUCAAGGCGCAGCAGGGGUGCUUGUGCCAGUUCGCCAAGAACCCCGCCUACGCGCGCUACGUCAACAGCCCCAACGCGCGCAAGACCGUCGCCUCCUGCGGCGUCGCCCUGCCGCGCUGCUAAGCCGCCACCAGCCCUCAUCACGGCUGCUGCCAGCGCCGCUCUCUCGAGCGUAUCUGCGAGGAAUAAAGGAUGGGUUAUUCGUCCAUGCACUUUGCCGUCUGCCUGGCUGCUCCCAUCCCUGCUUAUAUUAUAUAUGCUCUUGUGUAUGCACGUUUGUGUAAUGUGUGUCCAUCGAUAUAAAUAUAUUAUAUAUAAUACCGGUCCAGUUUGUCACAA